AUGGUUGCCUUGGCUUGGCUCUGGACGCUUUUGUGCUGCGGGGUCCAGCCGUGGCGCUCCUCGGACGGGCCGCCUCUGCUCUGCGCUUAUCGGGCCUCAGACAGGGAAGGGGCAUCAAAGCUCGUCUGCUUCGAAAGCUCCACUGGAUCCCCUUUGGGGGAUCCGCUGGAGUCCUUGGCCUCACCAGACUCGCAGGCUAAGUCCUUGGCCUUGCUUCGAAUCCAGCCCCCAUGGCCGCGUCCUAUACGCUUCACGCUUGCUGCAGAUGGCGGCCACAUGGCCUUCGUCAUCAGUCGGGAGGGACGGCGCCCCUUCGUGCUGGCAGCAUACGAAGUUCACCGAGCCUACUUCCAGGAGGCAGCACGUGUGGAUCUUGAUGGUGGGCUGGACCCGACAGCUCUUUACGGUUUCACUGAUGGUCGAGUUUUCAUUGGCUAUAGGAAUAGAGUCUGCUUCGUAAACCUGCAGGAAGGAACACAAAGAGUUUUGCUUGAUCUGUCAGACCGCAGAAUGUCCAAGCCAUUCGAUGCCUUUGCAUGGAAUGGUGCAAACCUUCUGGUCGCAGUGGAUGACUUUUCUGUACCGCACUGGAUGGUGUUGUUUGACGUUUCUGCCCGUGCGGAACCACAACAUCUCAAUACAGUCCGCUUGGCCAAUGGCGUCAACGACCAUUACGUGGAUGCGCUUUUUCUAGACCCUGGCUCGUUGAUGCUGCUGAGCAGGUUCGACCACAUGGGAGGCUUUGGUUCGGUAUUAUCCUUUCUAUCGCUGGAUUCUAGCGGCCGAGACUUCACCCGGCUUGAUGUGUCUGAGUUCCAAGAUCGCGACACUGGAGAAGACGACACGUUGGUCGGGGCCUUCUCCCGCAUGAUAAAUCUGGAAAAGAGCUCCGACAACGAACUUGUCAUUGCCGCAGGGGAGCGGGGGCUUCUGAUCGUACCCCGAGAGACACAGAAGGAAUGCUUUCGCUUGGCGGACAGGGAUCAGGUGAAACACCUGUUAAAAAGCGAUGUGAAGGUUGUCAGAACAGCUUUUCCUACUGUACAGGUGCGCUGCCAUCAAAAUAUGACUGUGGCCUUAGAGAUUCAGUCUUUACAUAUGUUCCCUGGCCGGCCUGAUGUCAAACAGUUCCACAUAUCCGUCUACAACCGUGAAUGGGAAGAGGUGCUGGCCUUCGAGUGGCCUGUCACGGUUGCAGACUUGCAGGAUGACGCGAAGCUUUGA